AUGUCACUCUCCCUGCAAUCUCCGCCCUCUUCUGCUCUCUCCUCCAAAUCCUCCUUUCUCCAGGAGGAGGAGGAGGAGGAGGAGGAGGAGGAGGAGGAGACUGAGUUCCAUAACCCUUCAUUUCCUCAAUUUCGUGCUUCUUCUGGCUUCUCUUCUUCUCUUGGUGCUAGUACCGAAUUGGAUGCUGUGUCUAGUUUCAGUGAGAUCGUGCCUGAUACUGUUGUUUUCGAUGAUUUCCAGAAGUUUCCUCCAACUGCUGCUACUGUUAGCUCUUCACUUCUGUUGGGUAUUUGUGGCCUGCCCGAUACAAUAUUUAGAAGUGCUGUGGAUACCGCAUUGGCGGAUUCAGGUUGUUCUGCUCUGGAAAAUGAUGAGUUGAGACUGUCUUGUUUUGUAAACAAGGCAUUGGUGAAUGUUGGAGGUGAUUUGUCUAAAUUGGUACCUGGUCGAGUUUCAACUGAAGUGGAUGCGCGUUUGGCUUAUGACACCCAUGGCAUUAUUAGAAAGGUGCAUGAUUUGCUGAAGUCCUACAGUGAAAUCGAUGUUCCUCCUGAGCGGUUGUUAUUCAAAAUUCCUUCAACUUGGCAAGGAAUACAAGCCUCGAGAUUGUUGGAGUCUGAAGGCAUACAGACACAUUUGACUUUCGUUUACAGCUUUCCUCAAGCUGCUGCUGCUGCUCAAGCUGGUGCCUCUGUUAUUCAGAUUUUUGUGGGACGCCUUAGGGAUUGGGCGCGAAACCAUUCUGGUGACCCUGAGAUUGAAGCUGCUCUAAAAAGAGGAGAGGAUCCUGGGCUGGCACUGGUGACAAAGGCUUACAAUUACAUCCACAAAUAUGGGUAUAAAUCCAAGUUGAUGGCUGCUGCAGUUCGCAACAAACAAGAUUUAUUCAGUCUCUUGGGGGUUGACUACAUCAUUGCACCAUUGAAAGUAUUGCAAUCUUUGAAAGAGUCUAUUACCACUCCUGAUGAGAAAUACUCUUUUGUUCGGCGGUUAUCACCACAUACUGCUGCCGCAUACAAUUUCAGUGAAGAAGAGCUUAUUAAAUGGGAUCAAUUAAGCCUUGGAUCAACAAUGGGGCCUGCAUCUGUGGAGCUUCUGGCUGCUGGAUUGGAUGGUUAUGUUGAUCAGGCAAACCGAGUUGAGGAGUUAUUUGCCAAGAUUUGGCCUCCCCCAAAUGUAUAA